AUGGAAAGUCAACAGCUCCUUGCCCUGACUAUAUGCGGAUACAAGAAGUCCGACAUAUCGGAGGAGGACUAUCGUCAUUACAUGACCAAAGUCCAUGCACCACUCGUGGCGGGCCUGAUGGAGAAGUAUGGAUUUGUAUCAUGGAACAUGACGCACAAUACCAGCGCAACUCGGCCAGAGAUGGCGAAGCUGUACGACCCGCAAUUUGCCAACGUUGCAGAUUACGAUGCCAUUGUACAGAUCGUGUUCAAGGACGUGGAUGACUUCGUUAGGAUGAAGGCGGAUCCACACUUCAUGAAGAGUGUCACACCGGAUCAUGAGAAAUUCGCAGAUACCAAGCGGUCAAAGUACGUGACUCACCUUCGCGAAGAGUAA